UGUUGUAAUCUAAGCCGCGUGAUCGCGACGAGUGCGAGUGUGGAGUUUUAGGUCUGCACAUAAUGACUAUGUAGAUCUACCGUUGUUUCGUGUCCACGCCGAUGGUUGGCGGCUUUGAUGCGUUGUAGCGUGCCAAGCGUGGAUGUAGUGCUGGUCGAACGAUAACUACACGACACUUCACACCCCUGGUACACAGUCGGACGGAGGCAGUAGACAGGCGCACGAGCCCUACACUACAUGACAUUGCAGAGUAGCAGUGCAGCUUGCAGCAGUGGACUCUGAGCUGAGCCUGAACUGAAGUCACUCUUCCAACUGAUGUUCCAACUGAUAGUAUUUUCAUUGUGCUGUGUAGCGUGGUCACGGUAGUCCGGGAAAGUCCGAGUAGAUGGAGUGCGCAUAGUUUCGGUGCGUGCGGCGGUAUGGCGGUGCCACUGCGCAUUGCAGUGAAGAGUAGCGACUGAGCGUGUGAGCUUGCCGACAAGAGCUCCAUGACUUCACGACAGUCGUGGCUUGAAAUAGUGCCUAGAAGCAACGGGCUUCGCGUGCUUACACGAACUUGCCGUGAAGUACGCACGCAUCGCGUAGCCUUGUGCUUGGUGGACGAGUUGAAUUGCCUGGAGGCCGCGCUAGGUUUCAUGUAGACUGCUUCCUCUUCCCGACCUGGGAGAAUUCUUCUCAAAAGACUUUAUUGUGGAGGGAUCGAGUGAGAACAGCAUUUCGACGGAUGGCAGCCGAUGUGCGUGUACCAGGAACGAUUCUGUCCUCGCUGACGCCGUUCAGAAUCAUGGUGUUCUCUCUCCUUACCGUCCUUAUGGUCCUAUUCCUGUCAGUGAAUAGCAGCAGAGGCAAGGCUAGCCUAGAAACCUUGACCAUGGGAAGUCAUGUACACCAGCGAAGUCAAUCCCAGGGAUAUUCUAAUUGCGAUGAAGAUUCAGCUUCAGCGGGCAAAGCAGCACAUGGCACAGAGCUAGAGAUCCAGCUAUUCCCACGGGAAGAUGGUCAGCAGGGAGAAGAUCAGCUGCCUUGUGAUGUUAUCAAGAACGUCAAAACACUUCUCCUCUUUGUCGGCUAUCCAAGGAGUUGCCAUAGUCUAGUGGGCUCUAUCCUAGAUGCCCAUCCGCACAUGGUUGUCGCUCAUGAAUAUAACCUUCUGGGAAAGUGGCAGAAAUGGUCCAAAAGUCAACAAACAAGAAGAUUAGUUUUCAAUAAGCUCUACCAGACUUCCUAUCAUCAACGGCAGACUGUCCGCACGGUGAAGCACAUUCAAGAUCGCUAUAGCUACGGGAUACCUCACCAGUGGCAAGGCAGAUACAAGGACUCGAUAACAGUAAUUGGUGACAAGCGAGGAGGACUGACAUCCCGUCUUCUUACCGCUGAUGGUCCAGGCCAGGUGAUGGGAAGUAGCUAUGAUGACCUCAUCACUCAUGUUCAGAAGUCACUCAACGUCCGUGUCAAGUUCAUUCAUGUUGUGAGGAACCCAAUGGAUAACAUUGCAACUAUGGGACUCCGCAAGACAAAGUUGAGGAACUCUGACAAUCAGGUUGAAAUGCUGGAUAACAGCACUAUUAUUCACAACACGGCAAGGCGCUAUUUUGCGCGGUUGGUGGCCGGAGUGGAGAUGGUGAAGGCCAUGGACUACCCGAUGCUGGACAUCCACUGCGAAGACUUAAUCCGCAGUCCGAGUGAGCAGAUGAAGCGGAUGUGCGCAUUCCUUGGCGUUGACUGUCCGCAAGACUAUAUGCAAGACAGUGCUAGUAUUAUCCACAGCAAACCAUCAGUAACUCGGAACCUUGUCAACUGGGCGGACAGCACAAAGGAGCUGAUGAUAAGGGAAAUGAAAAAGCACUCAUUCCUCGAAAAGUAUGUGCCAGAUGUGCAAGCUACGCUGAGAGCAAAGUGAUUCUGGAACCGCUAUCAGAACUUGAGAACUAUUAUUAAACAGCAUAGUAGUAGAUAAUGACAUUGACAACACUAAUACCACUAUAAUAUUAUGUAAGAGAGUAUACAAAUUAGACAGGCCUCGGUGACGGCAUUCCUCACCAUUCACAAUCAGGAUUAGGGUGAUUUGAUUUGUAAUUUGCUGCUUUCAUUGUUGCUAGCAGCCUCUGCAUUAUCAGUAGUAAAACGUUACUUUGAUUUUAUUGAGACAACUUUGAGAUGUUGAAUUAGUAGGGUCAGUAAAUGAGUUUCUAUUUUCCCUUUUUUCCUUUUCAGUCAGUGUGCAUUUGUUGAAUAAAGCACAUGGGAAUUCAAUUCCUGUUGAAACAGUGCUCAAUAAAGGUUAUACAAAUGA